CAAACUGGUGGUUACUUUCACCCGGCCUUUUUCUAGCGUUCUGGAAAGAUUUGUUUUUAUCAAGACUUUAAGACCCUGAUUUUUAAUCUCCCUUCAGCAAGAAACCAAACAACCUCAAACGAGACAACCUGCUUUGUCGCAGCUUCAAAUUCUCUCCUGAGGCCGCUUGGAUUGGUUUAGCUUCCUGGGCUGCUUUUAGAAUUGGUUUUCUCUGCAAGACAAUUAAUCGUAACAAUAUCUUUGUGGGUUUGUUGAAUUCUUAAAUAAUCUUUCUAGCCUUUCCUGUUCCUGGAAUUGUACAUCGUCUCAACUGAUGCCUGUUGAUAAGCAAGUGAAUGACUUGCUGACAAGAGCCUGGUUCGAGCACCUUAGCUGCUGCUUCCUAGAGUCGCCUAGCCAAAUCCACUAUCUAGUUAUCGAGGAAAGAUGGCCUGCAGCAGUAGGCCGCCAGGCUGCUUGCUAAUUUACUUGUUAUGGGCUCUGGAAUUAUGGUGAGGGCAUUUGCUCAAGCAUACCGUCAGGCACUUGCAAAUGCUUCAAAAUCUGGUGUUGCCCACGAAACAGUGCAGAAUAUUAGAAGAGGAAGUAAAAUGAUGGCUGAACCAGAGGCCAGGCAAGUUCUAGGCAUCACUGAGCAUUCAACAUGGGAGGAGAUCUUGCAGAAAUAUGACAAAUUGUUUGAGAAUAAUGCCAAAAAUGGGAGCUUUUAUCUGCAGUCAAAGGUUCAUAGAGCUAAAGAAUGCCUUGAAGAAGUAUAUCAAAAGAAAGCCGAGGAAAAUACAUGAAUUAUUUAGACGUUGUCUUGAUCUUGGCAUGAUCAUCAAUGUGCUGAUGCACCCCCCUGAAAUUCAUUUUAAUUUCAUAGAAUUAUCUGUUAUGAAGUUUUGUUUUUGACUUCCUUGAGUUGGUCUAAGAUCAAAUAGACAAUGAUCCAAUUUUUCAAUACAUCGUGUACACCAAAUGCCAUUUUGUCAACUUUAAUUGUAAUCUCACCAGUGCAAUAAAUUUUUGUGGACAUUGUGGUUUCUUUUUA